UAGUCGAUUAGGUGCUGAUCAUAACAUCGAUUAAAGUUCUCUUAUCAGAAUCGAUACACACGUUAACUUUGCAGAACAAUAGGAAAAUAAUAAUAAGUGAAAUAUGAAAGUGGAGAAUACAGUUAGUAAAGCGAUAGAAAUUUGUCUACGAAUUUUUGGCAUAUGGCCGACUACAUCGUGCAUUUUAUUACGUCGACUGUUCUGGAUUUUCACGCUCGUAAUCGAGCAAGCUCUUCAAUAUCGAUAUAUCGUAAAGCACUUUUAUUUGAUCGAGUUUUCCGAGAUAAUGAUUAUUUUUAGUAUAACAAUGGCAUACACGAUAUUCUUAUUUAAACUUGUCGUUUUUUGGUAUAAGCAGCGAACGUUCAACAAGAUAUUAAUGAUGAUGACGAUUGAUUGGGAAAAGUGUUCCAGAACGAAUUUCAGCAUGUUUACGACAACGAGCAAUGUCAAACUGUCGCAGCGCUUCGCUAACAUGACGGUGAUUCUUUAUUCGACAUCUAUAAUCCUUUAUUCGACAUUUAUAAUUCUUUUUAGCUACAAUGUCUUCGUAAAAACCGCGGAUGAUGGCAUCACCUUCAACGUUUCUACACAAUUACUAAUUCUAGACAUGGAUUUGCCAUUUGACGUUAAUCGAAGAUUCGUAUAUGAAUCCGUCAUGAUUAUGCAAUUUUUUUAUUUGCUGUUGUCUGCUAACGCAGUGGGUUUAUUAAAUGCUUUCCUCAUAACAGUGAUCAGUUGAGAGAAGUAUAUAUUUUAGAUAUUGCAUAUAAGUGGACAAAUCGAUAUUCUUCGCAAAAGUUUGAUAGAAGUUUUUCCAAAGGAAAAGAAGCUCAUCCCAAAUCAUUUUAUGAUAAACAGAAUAAUAAAAAAACACCAG